CCGUAGUAGACAGAUUGCGUGGUGUCUUUACGUUACGCUGUUGAUACUGUUGUAAUACAGCUUUGACCACGCAAACUUCAGAUUGUCAUAAAAUAACGGGUUGCUGAUCUGAACAGGGUUGCAAUUUAACUCGGAUAUUUCGAGUUUUAGUCAUGAUCAUACUGGACACUUCCUCAUUCAUGGUUUUUGGAAUGAUUAACCGGCCAUGACAGAUACAAAGAUCAAGGCUUCCAACUUCAACCUGAGUGUUUUACAUGUACUGUAACAAAUAACUUAUGAUGUGAUUAGAUGUGAAGGGAUUGUACAUACGUGAACCCCUCUAUGGCUGGCAUUGGAACUCUGAACUCCACUUUUGAACGGAUGCAAAUGGACAGUCCAUCAUCUUAUGAAUCUACUGGUUCCUCCACAAGCAUGAGUCACUCUUCCAACUCACGCUCCAACUCCUCGGCCUCCAGGAACUCAUCCUUCUCUAGAAACUCGUCCAUGUCACGCUGCAGCCGGGCCAAUCACAGCUCUGGUCACGACUGGGACAGCAACCACCGCGGCAGCUUAGACACACUCAGCACGAGUGUGGGUGACGAGUUUGAGUGUGGCGAGCGCCAUGACCGGCUCACGGAGCUGGAUAAGAUCCCCUGGGGGGAGCGGCAUGUGGCCCGUGUGCUUCAGACUGAGCGGGUCCGGCAGAUAGUCAAAGCCAUCCCCUAUGAUGUCGUCCAGAGGCUAUCGUUCCUCUUACAGCGGCCGCUAGUGAGGAUUGCAAAGGAGGCACAGCGACUGAGUGCUGGGUAUGGGAAGUGCACCAAGAACGAGAUCCACACAGCCAUCAAGCUGAUCCUGUCCCAGCCCCUAUCAGAGGUCUGCCUCUCAGCCGCCUUGCGCGCCCUCUCUCUAUUCCAGAUGAGCUCCGAGUGCAGCCAAGACGGUAAGCGCACCCGGGCGGGGCUGAUUUUCCCUGUGGGGCGAUUCUUCCGCUGGCUGGUGGACACCAAGGUUGCUGUCCGCGUGGACAACCAUGCAGCUGUUUACCUGACGGCCUGCAUGGAGAGCCUUAUGGUGGAAAUGUUCUGCCGAGCCUGUGUAGACUAUGAGAGGACUGAUGGGGAACUCACGAUGGCUGUCUUGGAGUACGGCAUUGCCAAUGAUGCCAACCUGUGGGGGAUCUUGCAACCAUUUGAACACCUGAUCUGUGGAAGGAAUUCUUCAGGUGUAGUAGCCUUGCCAACAACCACAGCUGUAUCUGUGUCAGUGUCAUCGUCCUCGCUGUCCUCUAUCUGUACCAGGGGGAGUGAGCACAGUCGGAGCAAGAGCUGCCGAGGGUGCGAGAUAAAGACCAAUGGCAGCCUGCAGGAGAUCAGCCGGGCCGUGGAGCAGAGCUUGAUAGCCACAUGCGUGGGGAGCAUCGCCGAGCUUGGUGACCUGGUGUGCCGAGCCAUGCAUUACCAGCAGGGUCGGCAGAAGAUUCCCAGUAACCUGAAUGGCCGGCAGAGCACGACGUGGUCCCCCAGUGCCCUGCACACACUCUUCUACUUCAUGCGCUGCAGUCAGCUGGAAUACAGCGACAAUCCCAACGCAGACCCACCCAUCAUCCAGCUGAGCCCUGAAAGGCCCUAUGUGGUGCUUCCUCCGCUGAUGGAGUGGAUCCGAGUGGCUACGGCUCACUGCGAGCACCGACUGAGCAGCAUUGUGGACAGCGAUGAUGUCCGGCAAGCGGCCAGGAUGUUACUGCCCGGCAUUGACUGCCCUAUCCGACCACUCAGCACUGAUGAAGUGGUGUGCACUUCCAGGCAUCUCAAUGCUCAGCAGUCAGCUCUCAGAUUCCAGCAAGACUUGGGCUUCCGGAUGCUGGCCUGUGGUAGGGCAGACCUGGUCUCAGAAGCUGUCCGUCUAUUGGGCAACGAUGGAAUCAACACAGUCAGUGAACGGGGUCUAACUCCACUCAUGUUUGCGUGCUCAAGAGGAGAUGAAGCCAUGGUGCAGAUACUCAUUAAGAAUGGAGCUGACGUUGACCAGUCGGUUCCUAGUUCACACACCAGUCACCCCUGCAUACACCCAGCCAUCAGACAUUGGACUGCUCUCUCCUUUGCUGUAGUCAAUGGAAAUGCGUCCGUUGUUCAGUUGCUGUUGAAUGCUGGUGCUAGUGUUCACGGCUCAGUAGAUGCCAGCGGCGACAACUACACAGACACUCCAUUGCAGCUGGCUUCAGCGGCAGGGCAUUAUGAGAUGGUGGCUCUGCUCCUGUCCAAGGGUGCAGAUCCUUACCUCACCACCGUCCACAAGAAUGGGAUAACCACCAAAGGUCACGAUAACUCAUUCGCCCUGGCUGCAGCUCAUGGCCAUAGGAAUGUGCUGAGGAAGCUUCUGGAGCAGCCACGGUGUGUGAAGUCCACCGACAUCCUGUCCCUGGAAGAGAUCUUAGCGGAGGGGACGGAGCAAGAGCCGCUGGCACCCAAGAUGCCCAAACUGAAGAGGAUGGGAAGCAAGAGCAAGAUCACAUUGGCUCUACAAGAAGCGAUGUACCACAGCUGUGAGCACGGUUACCUGGACAUCGCCAUGGAGCUGCGCAGCCUGGGCGUGCCAUGGACCCUGCAUUGCUGGACGGAGUGCCUGGCCACUGCCAAGCAGCUGCACCGCCUGGCCAUCAUCCAGUGCCUGCUGCGGGACUUCGGCUCCAUCAAGUUGGAGGAGUACAGCGAGGAGUUUGUGGAGGAAGGGCUGGCCAUCAUGUUUGAGAUCCUGAGACAGUGCCGGUACGUUCAUCCAUCUUACUCGCGGACCAUGCAGACAUUAAAACGAGCCAGGCGAAUGAAUGACGUGAUCUACCAACAGCUUUCUAGCAUCUUUGCCUCACUGUUCGGCGAUGAUCCAAUACCAGCUAUCCGAGUGGAGGGCUCAUCACCCACUUCAAGAAUAGAUCCCCAGUAUGUGAACAACCAGGAGAUGUCGGAUGUAACCUUUAUGGUGGAAGGAAAGCCGUUCUUUGCCCACAAGAUCGUCCUAGUCACCGCCUCCAAGAGAUUCAAGGCUAUGCUGUCCGACAAGUUUACAGAGGGCAAACAGCCCUGUAUUGAGAUCAGCGACUUCCGCUACAGCACCUUCAAUUUGGUGAUGCAAUACCUGUACUUUGGCAGCACAGAUGCACUGAAAGUGGAGACUGAUGAAGUUCUUGAGCUGCUGGCCGCUUCCAGUUUCUUCAUGCUAGAGCAGUUGCAGCAAUACUGUGAGAUGUUGUGCAGUCGCAUGCUCACGGUCAACACAGCAAUGACCGUCUACAAACAUGCCAAGCUGUACAGUUCAGAUUGCCUCCUGGAGUACUGCCACUCCUUCCUCCUUGCCAACUUCACUGAGCUCCUGGCGGAGAACGAGGCGUUCCGCCGCCAGAUCUUCCCGGCCAAAACCGACCCAUCACACGACCUCCUGGUGUCCCUGCAGGACACGCUCGCCCACCGACUCUACAUGAGAUUCCAGAAGCAGACCACUGUCUGAUGCUGGCUGUUCAGAAAAACUGGUUCUUUUUCUUACUCUUUCAGGUGAAAAUGUAACUGCUUUGUGGAAAUGAGUCAUAUAGUGAAAUGCAGUCUUGCAGUUGAUUGCUUCUUUGAAGUGUGCAUGAAAUACGUAGGCUUUCACUUUGUAUGUUUUAAAACUUCGUGGACUUGCUCCAUUUCAAUUAAGAAUGCAUUUACUAGUCUAAUUGUAACAAUUGUUGCCUGUUCAGUUGAAGAUGGAAACGAAGGCCUUACAGUUCCGGAAAUUGAGACAUUUGUUAUCUUUUAAUUUUACAAUAACUUGAUGCACAAAAGCUGGAAAGUGAAUUUAGAUCUUAAAGAAAGAAAAGAUUGUGAAACAGAAGACAAUCAUAAAGGUAAACUUUAUGAUUGCCCGGUGCAAGUGACUAUUUCAAAAGUGAUUGAUGAAAAUGUAUACAUUCCAAAUUUCAAGUCCUACCAGCUGGUCAUGUUACUCAUUUUGAAUAGAACUUCAAAUAUUGUUUCUUUAACUCUCUGGUGGCAGUCAAAUGUUUCCCGUCUUCAUCACUGUUCAAACUUUAUUUUCAGUUCACCGCAUGGACACAAUAAUUAUGUACAUAGUUUUAUUUUUAUUUAUUUUUUCCUUGGAUCAACAUCAGUGCCAACAUUGCCAACUCCUGUGACUUGUUUAUGUAAUCAAUUACUUUUUGUAACUAAAUAUUUAUUGCUUGUAAAAUACAUUGAUAGCAGUUUAACAAAUAAGACAUUUUCUGUAUGCUUUAUGUUGUUAAAAUGAUUAACUCUCCCAUGCAAAGAUACAUUCAGUUGCCAUAUCAGGCAAAAUCAGUCAAAUUUGCCUUAUGUGUCUGUGUACUGAGGUAAAUCAAGUGGAAGGAAUUUUGGACUGUUAUUGACGGAUACAGCAGGAGGGUUAAUUUGACGAUUUAUUUAGGCUCAAUAAUUGUAGGAUAUAAUUGGGGAUUGUUUGAUUGUCUUCAGACAAGUUAUGUGGGAACUGUUGAGUGCUAUACUUGAAUUGUUCUUGCUGUUGGUGCACCGAUUAGUCUUGGCUCAAGACUGGAUUUGUACUACAUGUGUAUUCAGUCAAUGUGUGCACAGGUGGUGAAAAGUCCCUCAGGCCUACUCAAGAAAUUCUGAGUACUCCUCGUGUGUGAUUUAACAUGAGACAAUAGAAAGCGGGGCAUGUACAGAA